UCUUUUGGGUCGAGCUUGCAGGUCUCCGGAGGAGGCUGCACCGGCAAUGGGCGGGGUUUCGGUAGCCCAUCUUGUUGGGUGAUGCGCUCGUGCUUCGCGGCUGGAUGAGGCGGAUACGAUCUCAGUGAUGGGCUGCUGCUGGUUUAAUCAAUUCGGCACAAGAAACCAUUGGUUGCCCUCUAACACCACUGGAUGACAUCGCCAGGUCUCACUGCUUUAGCAGACUAAGGAAGAUACUCAGAGAUGAUUCAGUCUCUCUUCGCACGUCUACCAUCGGGCAGAAGACAUCGAAGCAUAGCCAGCCGAACAAAUAGGGAUAGGGUAAGAUCUUUUUGAAGAAUUCACUAUGGUCCGAGAACGAAAAUGUAUAUUAUGUCAUAUCGUAUACAGCUCGAAAAAGGAAAUGGAUGAGCACAUGAGAAGUAUGCUUCAUCAUCGGGAACUUGAAAAUCUAAAAGGGAGGGACAGCAAUCAUGAGUGCCAAGUGUGUAGGGUGACCGUGGUGGGCUUGUCAGCAUAUGCCAAGCACAUCUCCAGCCAGUUGCACAAAGACGGCGUUGAAGCCCACGAUGCCGAGGAAGAGAAAGAAAAGACCGAUGAAGAAUACUUUGACAAGGAACUUAUCCAAUUAAUACAGCAAAGAAAUGAACAAAACCGGACAAGUGAAUUUUGUCAGAUAAACUGUGAAGCAGAAGAUGAUGACAGGAGAUUGCGAAGGCGACAAAAUGACAGACUCUCUUAUCAAGACCGAGAUCGUUAUGAAGCAACAUCAAGGAGGCAUCAUGGACCAUCACAGAGGGACUGGAACUGGGAAAAGGAUAGUUUCUUAAAUUCAAAGCAAGGAAAAUUCAUCCACUCUUCAAGGAAUUCUACUAACUCAAACAGACAUCUCAGCAGCCAAAGAGAACGACUUGGGUGGCAUCAAAAUGGCUCUAGAGGACCUCCAAGUCGAUAUCAUAACUAUGGAAGCACUGGAGGUAUUUGGCAUCAGAAUGAUAGAGGUGCAACAUCAGGUUGGCAUCAUCAUGAUAGAGGAAGAAAUUCCAAUUGGAGUUCUGAAGCAAAUAAUGUAUUUUCCAGCUGGCAAUCCAAAAAUGUAGGGGGGCACUGGAAAUCUGCUCAACAAAAUGGAAAUGGAUGGAACAUUGGAAGAAAUAAAGCUGUCAACAGUAGUUCUCAGGUAGACAAUAUGGAUAUUUCCCGGUUAAAAAUAAAUAGUGUACAGGAUAAAUACAGCAGUGAAAAUUAUACAUGGCAAUGGCAGGAAGGUGUGGAAAAUUAUACCGGUGUUGAUAAUAAAAAUGGCAGUCCUGAUUGCUUAUUAGAUUUCACAAGUGACCAGCUACCUUCAGAUCAAUUGCUAAGUUUUAGUGUUUCUAAGCACUCGGAGAGUAAGAAUUCCAAAGUCAGUAGAAAAUGCAGUAGUCCUUCUCGAGAUAAGACUAACCGAUGGGCUCCUUAUCCUUCCCAGAAAACUGUAGAGCAGCAGCCGCUGUCUGACGAGAAUGUAGCUAAAACAUCAGAGAAAGCAUUGUCUCGGCUGUCUUCAGAAACAGCAAAUCCUAAAACCAGCAACUCUAAAGUGAGAAAACGGGAAGAGAGUUAUUCAAUAUCUUCAGCUAACAGUAAGGCAUCCCCUAAAGUUGCACCAUGCAAAGUGCCAGUGGCCUGCACAAAUGAGAACAAGUCAAGUAAAGCUGAAAGCAAAAAUAGAAAGAUGCCCUCCUUGAAGUCUCCACUUCUAGCUAUUCCAGAUAUUAAAUCCUCUUCUAAAAGAAGAAAUUCAAAGAAUCUCAUGAAACAUGCCCAUGUCUCCUCAUCUUCUGGGGAAGUCCAAAGUCAAUUGAGUAUAGAGGCUAGCAAUUCCUCAAAUAAAUCCAAGCUGAACAAUAAUGCAUGUAACUAUAGCAGUUUAAAAGGGAACACACCUCUAUUUUGCAGCAAUGAAAGCUUAAACAAAGCAUUAGAAAAGGCCAAAGAUGAACUCCAGCAUAGUUAUUCUUUUCAGAAGUCCCGGUCAGGCUCCAGUGGAGAUGCUCAGAGUGAUGGGAAAGAAGAACAGAAACCUGAAGACUUUUCACAUGAUUUAAAGGUACAUGAAGUCGAGACCAAAAGAGUAGAAAACAAGAACCAUGAUAAUAAACCAGGAAGCACAAAUAUUUCCUCAAAUUCUUAUUCAUCUUAUGGCCUUGCUGAACUUGAUCACAUUGCAGCUAAAAAUGAUAACUGUUUAGAAGAAUUGAGUGGUGCUAAUAAAAAACACAUUGAACUCCAAAAGGAGACUCCAGACUCUUUGUCAAACUAUCCCUGUGAGUUAGAUAUUGAACUGAAAACAACUCUGGAAGAAGAUGGCGAUGAAGAUGUUACAAAAUCAAAUGAUGCUCUCGAAAAAGAAGAUGAUGGAGAUAAUUCAAAUCAUGAGCUGCUGAAAGGUACUACAGGGCCAUCAACAGGCCCUCUUCUUCCUGAAUUGAGCAAACUUGGGUUCCCAGCUUCUCUCCAAAGAGACCUGACAUGGCGCACUAGCUUAAAAAAUAAAAUUAGCGCUCAUUUGCCUGAGCCAAAUCUCAAUAAUGCAAGACGCAUUCGAAAUGUGAGUGGUCACCGAAAGAAUGAGACAGAAAAGGAAUCUGGACUGAAACCUACUUUGAGGCAGAUUAUCAGUGCGUCUCGUAGAAAUGUAAACUGGGAACAGGUUAUUCAGCAGGUGUCAAAGAAAAAACAAGAACAAGGCAAAGGUUUACCAAGGUUUGGCAUUGAGAUGGUUCCGCUCAUCCAGAAUGAACAAGAAGGCCUUGAGUUGGAUGAAAACGUUGACCUCACCAGUCUUGAAGGAUUCCAGUGGGAAGGGAUAUCUAUAGGUUCCCCAGGAACAGUUAGGAAACGUAGCCUCUCGGAAAGCAGCGUGGCUGUCGAUAAGACAGCCUCCAUUUACAGUUUCUUUAAUAAUCAAGGCACAAGUAAAGAAGACAAGCUGAUAAAAUCUGCUUCAGUUGCCAACUCUGAGGAUAUAACAAGCAGAAUUCAGAUGUUAGAAGAUACUGUGGUUACCGUGAAACAGGAGUCAUCUUCUCUUCCUUCCUCCCCAUUCAAGAGCGACAGAACUGAUUUAAUUUCAAGUGAAAGGAAACUCAGCCUCCAGUCUACCCCAAAUGUCGCAAUCUUUAGUACAAGCGAAAACCAGAGAAGCCCUGACUGUACCAUUCAUCCAUCCGAAACCAAAGGAACAUUGGAGAGUGCAGAAGAACAUUCCACCCUGUUUUCUGGCCUUGCAGACAUCAGCGCUCUGGAUGCAGCUACCGAUAGCAGCUAUACAUCAAGCAAUGAGCAGAAUGAUAGCCAGGGAAUGGGAAAGAAAAGAAGAGCAACAGGAGAGGGCUCCUGUCCUGAAAUCCCAAGUUUAGAAAGAAACACUAAGCGAAGGAAGAUCAAAGGAAAAAAAGAGCGUUCUCAGGUGGAUCAGUUGUUGGUUAUUUCCCUGAGAGAGGAAGAAUUAAGCAAAUCAUUACCAUGCAUAGAUGAAAGCCUCCUGCAGGCUCGAUCAGCUCUGCAAGCAGCUUAUAUCGAAGUCCAGCGAUUACUUGUAUUGAAACAGCAGAUAUCAGUCGAAAUGGGAUCUCUGAGGGCCCAGAGGAUUCAGAUCCUGCAGGGGUUACAAGAAACUUACGAGCCUUCAGAACAAUUGCAAUUGCAACAGCCACAUCACAGCAGCUCAAGUGAAAAAAGCCUUGGCAAGCUCCAUUUGACACAGGAUACCACUGCUAAUGCAGGUCUUCUUGCUCCUGUUCUGGAUGCUGUUCCACCUACCUCUGCGCAGAUCCCUCCUCCUUUUUCAGCCCCUGCUCAGGAAAAGGCUGAACCUACAUUCCAGACUGCUGGUGACGUUGCCCCCAUCACAGUCCCCGAUUCAUCCAUACAAAUCAAGCGGGAAGCUGUGUCUCCAAAGCUUAGAGAAGACUGCAUGAACGUUCCUGAACAGAGUACUUCACGUUCCCCACAUGCAGAACUUCACUUGCAGGAUAGAAAUACAAGUCAACAGCCUUCACUGUAUCCAGUUAUCACUGCUAGUAUGUCAUUGUUGGAACUAAUUGAUUUCCAAAAAGCAAAUCAAGAUAUUCAGAAAUCUAUUCCAAAUAUGAUAGGGACAAGGUUAUCUGGCCAUUCUUCCCCUACUAAUUCAGGAUCAGUAUCCUCAGUGAAAACACAAGGCAAGAUAACUCCAGCAGGCAAUACCAUAUCUGAACCAUGCAUUGGCUCAUUGGAAAGCCAGUCAUUUACUUCCGAACUUGCUGCAAAUGAAAAUAAUAAACAGUCAACUGAACAGCCCGAGCAGAUGGCCAUCUCUACUAUGGUCACCAUGGAAUUCAAAACAAGCAAGAAGAAGAAAAAGUUGAAAAAAAAGAAAGCAUUCCGAGCAGCCCGUGUUCCUGAGAAUAGUGAUACAGAACAGGACGUUAGUGAUUCUAAACCAAUUAGGAAAGUAAAGACUGUAAAGAUACCCAAGGGGGAAAAAGUAACAACAUCCACCCCUCCAAAGAAAGAGGAUGGUGUGGCUGCUCAUGAAAGAAAGAGGAAAAAUGAGGAGAAUGAUAGUGACACAUCUCUUGAAUUUGUGGAAGUCCCUAAAUCUCCUCUGGAAGUGGUGGCCAUCAACUCAUCAGAAUCGGAAAGUGAGAAACCAGACAGCCCUUCUAAGAGAAGAGAUACCUUGAGCUCCACAGAUAAACUGUUGAAAGAGUCAUCUCGGUCGGGCCACGAUGAAGUGAGCUCUACUAGUGAGAUUGGAGUAAACUAUAAAGAUGAUAUUGGUAGAAGUGUGGCUGAGACUCAGACACCUUUAUCGUCAUUACGAGGAUCAAAAACUUCAUCAGAAGUGUCUUCAGAGCCAGGUGAAGAUGAGGAUCCCACAGAAGGGAUAUUUGAGGGGCAUUCAGCAUCAGUGAAUGCCAUUCAGAUUUUUGGGAACAUGUUGUACACCUGCUCAGCAGACAAAACUGUCCGUGCAUAUAACUUAGUGAACAGGAAAUGUGUGGGUGUCUUUGAAGGGCACGCUUCCAAAGUCAACUGCCUCCUGGUAAUUCAGACAACAGGGAAAAAUGCAGCACUUUACUCUGGCUCCAGUGAUCACAAUAUAAAUUGCUAUAACGCCAAGACAAGAGAACUUAUUGAUCAAUUUAAACUGGAUGACCGUGUGCUUUGCCUGCACAGUAGAUGGAGGAUCCUUUACGCCGGCCUUGCAAAUGGAAAUGUGGUCACUUUUAAUAUAAAGAACAACCGACAACUUGAUACUUUUGAGUGUCAUGGUCCUAGGGCGAUUAGCUGCCUGGCUACAGCUCAAGAAGGGGCACGACGACUACUGAUUGUGGGAUCCUACGAUUGUACAAUUAGUGUGCGGGAUGCCCGAAAUGGACUGCUGCUCCGAACCCUUGAAGGUCAUAGCAAAACAGUAUUGUGUAUGAAGGUUGUGAAUGAUCUGGUUUUCAGUGGUUCCAGUGACCAAUCUGUCCAUGCCCACAACAUACAUACUGGGGAGCUGGUACGGAUAUACAAGGGGCAUAACCAUGCAGUAACUGUUGUGAACAUCCUGGGAAAAGUGAUGGUAACAGCCUGUUUAGACAAGUGUGUUCGAGUAUAUGAGUUGCAGUCUCACGAUCGUUUACAAGUCUAUGGAGGACAUUCGGAUAUGAUUAUGUGCAUGACCAUUCAUAAGAGCAUGAUCUACACAGGUUGCUAUGAUGGUAGUAUCCAAGCAGUGCGGCUUAACCUGAUGCAGAACUAUCGUUGUUGGUGGCAUGGAUGUUCACUUAUAUUUGGAGUUGUGGACCACUUGAAACAGCAUUUGUUAAAUGACCACACAAAUCCGAAUUUUCAAACUCUGAAGUGCCGCUGGAAGAAUUGUGAUGCAUUCUUCACCUCCAGGAAAAGUUCCAAACAGGAUGCAGUCGGACAUAUUGAGAAGCAUGCAGAGGAUGAUAGCAAGAUUGAUUCAUGACAUUUUUCAGCCUCCCAUAUUGGGAAGUAUUUUUUUAUACACAAGUAAUUUUACAUGCCUUGUCCACCUCAUUCUUUUCUUUUUCCUCCUGUUUCAUCAUUGGAGUGCAAAAAGAACACAUGCCUUUUUCUGUUUUGUCUACAGAGACAGAAUCUAUUCGCAGCUCUGUAAAGGAAGGAAUGACAGAGUCAUGCCAAAUAACUGUUUAUACCAUUCACUUUUUAGGGGGAAAAUCUACCUUCCCUCUUACUUACAUUGUGCAAAUAAGUGCAGUGUGCUUAUCUAUUACUUGGUAUUCAGAGUAAUGUUUUAUACUUAAUUUGGGACCCUACAUAUAAGUGUUUUAACCAUCAGUUUUCAUGUUAUAUGUAGGAUCCCCUGUUAAUGUAUGUUUCUGGUUUUGGAUUAUUUUAAUAUUAAUCAAAACAUUAUUGAACUCAGGCUAGAAAUACCACCUGAUUGUUGAAUUCCUUAUUUUUUUUCUUACUGAAGUCUUUGAGAUAUUUUGCUGUGGGAAUGAACAAUUGGCUCACUGUUUGAGUUACUUUAUAUUGUGGCUUCAGUUUAAAAUUUGAAAUUUACACAAUUAAUCACAAUUUUACUUGAUUUUAUGGGUCUGCUUUGGCUCCAAAGAAUCUUAGGGUGGCAGAGAACAUACUGUUAAGACAGCAGAAUACCUGUUUCUUAAACAUACUAUUAUUUCCCGGUUAUUUUAAGAGUUCCAGGCAUCAUAAUACAAACACCAGUAAAUAUAACUUAUAUUAAACAUUUUUGGUUAGGUUUAUACCUAGUGCUGUCUUGCCACAAUAUUGGGACUAUUUUUUCGAUUCUGAGAAUUUUAAGUUAUGACCAUUCUGGCAUUUGAAGUAAGUGAACUUUACAUAUUUUUACUUGCUUCAUCCAGCUAAGCCUGUGAGAAUCCUGUGUUUUUGAUAACCAUCUUGUUUCACACCAACUGACUAAAUUUCAGUUCCUAUAAUUGCAAGUUAAAAAGCUGUUGGGCACAAACUGGAAAGAUUUAAAACCCAAGCAGAAGCUGAGAAUUUUGCAUGUAUUUUGUGCUGUCAUUUAAGGGAGCAAAACCAAGCAGUGUGACAAAUGUAAGAAUUGAAAGAAUAAUAGCAUAUGUGUUUGAGAAAGAAAUGUGUAUAUGGUCAGUGCUGUCUGGGAAAGUUUUGGUGCUGCAAUUUGCGGUAUUCAGAAAGUGGUUCCCUGUUUAGAUUUCAUCUACUGUUUGUGACAUCAGUUCUGGUUUUUCUUCCAUAGAAAAGCUAAAAACCUCAUUAUUAGUCUAGCAGUAUCUGACUGUGAGCUUAACUACACCAGACAAUAUAUACAUAUUAGAAGAACAAAAAUGAACAAUUCACUUCUAUUGUUAAACAUCUUCUGUAGCCUGUGUGUGAUUUCUGGGCAAUAGUGCCUCCUCUUUUCAUGACAUUGUUGAGAGCUGAAAUCAAACAAGCUAAAGGAAACCCUCAAAUGCUUAUUUGAAAGGCUGCAAAAACUUUCAUUUUGUAGACAGCUGAAUAUUGAAUGACAUUUUAAAAUAUAGCUCAUUCUUAAUUGAAUGUGUUUGAAGUUAAAUUACGGAGGUAGGAAGUAUUUUUGUGAAGAAAAAUAUAUGGAGUGCGUUAUUAGUUAUGUGAAUGCGUGAAUUUUAAUUUUGCAUCCUCUUCAAGGAUUUUAAUUUUUCAGUAUUUUAACUGGAAGAGGAUGGUGCCUUGAUAUGCAAUAAUUUAAAUGUCUUGACAUCAGUAAUUGCAAUUUAUAACUUGGACUACUUAUUUGUGUAUCUUACUGUUUAGGACUGUAUGUAUGUUUGGGUGUGUGCGCAUGUAAUUUAGGAUGAGUGUGUUUUGGGAUGCUUUCAAAAUUUGUAUUAAAACUUGUUCAGCAAUAAAAGCGUGGCCAAGUUUUAUUAUUAGUUUGUUCUAUAAUAUAUGUUUUUCUUAAUGAGAAGAAUCAUUGCAAAUGAGGCUACAUGCCUCAGAAAGUUAAACUCCUCCUCCUUCCGUGUGUUGUGCUGAAACUCCACAGUUCUCUCAUGUGGAAUUGAAAUGUUGUUCUCUUGCGAUUCAGGUUAUUUGUUUGGUUUGAGGUUGUUUUCUGUACUUAUACCUCUUUAGUUGGAAAUGUAAGCAUGCUCCUUUAGGUUGCUCUAGAAAUCUUGGUGCAAAGAGGGCAAAAUGGAGUUUGCUGAUUAUGGAUAGAAUGGUAAGGCAGAUGCAUCAAGAUUGCGUACUUUGAAGAUUGUCACAUUCUGGAAAGUUGCAGGUUUUUGUCUUAUUUUCACAAAUAUAUUAACUUUAUCUUUAGAAAAUAUUUAUUUUGAAAAAAAGGAGAUAGAAAUGAAGUUGCCAGAGUGAAUCGCAGAGUGCAUUAUUGAAAUGUGUGGGAAGUGUUUAGUUUUGCGUGCUGGCUGAUGUCUGAGUAAGUUGUUGCAGGUUGCAUAUGCAAUGUAUUUGGACUGCAUGCCAACAUAUUUCUUCAGUAUAAGAGGUGUGCGUUUUUAAAAUGCCAUUAAGUUUUGUGUUUGUGUGUGUGUGGUGAAUGUGUUUCUUUACAUUAAUUGUUCUGCUGUGGAGGACUGUUGUGUUUUUCAGCUGCUGUAGAAUUCAGGUAUUUGGUAGCUGGUUGCAUUUUUGUCCCAUUAAAUAACAGAACACUUGCAAGUAUCCCAGCUUCUAUUUGCCCUUUGAGACACUACCUGGGCUACGGUGGAUUGAAACAUAAAAGCUACAACAUCUUAAUAAAGUGGCAAAGCACCCAUCUUAAAAACUCGGGACUGCAUUCUAAUGACAUUAGAUAUAAUAUAUCUAACAUGACAUUUUAUCUUCUUUUUAAAUGCAAGUUGGGGAUAUGUGUUUCAUAGCGCAAAUAUGUUAAAGACAGAUACAUUAAGAAUUAGUAUUCGGGCAGCCAGCAGCUAACUUGCUCUAAACACUGAGUUUCCUAGAUAAUCUAUAGUUUGUGAGGAACGAUUUCCACAGAACAUAUAAGCAGGUGCUCCACAUAGUACUGUGCAUUAAUGCAGCUAGAAGGUCUAAAGCAACACAUCAUUUAAGGCAUGAACAGAUUCCUGUAAUUGCAAAAAUACCAGGUGGGAAAAUAGCAUACCUACUAUGCUAUAACUGUUUAACUAACAUCUUUUUUCAGUUUGUUUCAGUGAAUGAUUUAGUCUUUCCUUUUUUGCUACAAAGCUGUGAAUUAGAUAAGAUAAACAGCAAAAAGAAAACAAAAUAAAUUUACUUUAUCCCAAGA